CGCCCCGCAUCGCGGCGGUGCCGGCGGCGGGAGGAGCGGCGGCGGCGGCGGCGGCAUCGGGAGCCAUGGGGCACCCGCCGCUGGAGUUCAGCGACUGCUACCUGGACAGCCCCGACUUCCGAGAGCGGCUCAAGUGCUACGAGCAGGAGCUGGAGAGAACCAACAAGUUCAUCAAGGAGGUGAUCAAGGACGGGAACGCGCUCAUCGCCGCCAUUCGGGGUUACUCAUCAGCAGUACAGAAAUUCUCCCAGACACUGCAGUCCUUUCAGUUCGACUUUAUCGGUGACACGCUGACAGAUGAUGAGAUUAAUAUUGCCGAGUCCUUUAAGGAGUUUGCAGAGCUGCUGCAGGAGGUAGAGCUGGAGAGGUCCAUGAUGGUACAGAAUGCUAGUGAUUUGCUGAUCAAACCUUUGGAAAACUUUCGGAAGGAGCAAAUAGGGUUCACUAAGGAAAGAAAGAAGAAGUUUGAGAAGGAUGGUGAGAAGUUCUACUCUAUGCUGGAUCGCCAUUUGCACUUGUCCUCCAAAAAAAAGGAAUCCCAUUUACAGGAGGCUGACCUUCAGGUUGACAAAGAGAGACACAAUUUCUUUGAGUCUUCCCUUGAGUAUGUGUACCAGAUCCAGGAAGUACAAGAAAGCAAGAAAUUCAGUAUUGUUGAACCGGUACUGGCUUUUCUCCACAGCCUCUUUACUUACAACAACCUGACAGUUGAGCUCACGCAGGAUUUCCUCCCUUACAAACAGCAGCUUCAGCUCAGCCUCCAGAAUACGAGGAAUCAUUUUUCCAGCACGCGGGAGGAGCUGGAAGACCUGAAGAAGAGGAUGAAGGAAGCCCCCCUAACCUGCAAGCUCCCUGGGCAGCCGACCAUCGAGGGCUAUCUCUACACUCAGGAGAAAUGGGCACUGGGCAUCUCCUGGGUGAAGUAUUAUUGCCAGUAUGAAAAAGAGGCAAAAACCUUACGGAUGACACCCAUGGACCAGAAGCCUGGAGCUAAGCAAGGCACCUUAGACCUGACACUAAAAUCCUGUGUAAGGAGAAAGACGGACUCCAUAGACAAAAGGUUUUGUUUUGACAUUGAAACCAAUGAAAGGUCCGGGACCAUCACGCUGCAGGCGCUGUCGGAAGCGAACCGGAGGCUGUGGAUGGAGGCGAUGGACGGGAAGGAGCCGAUCUACCACAGUCCCAUCACGAAGCAGGAAGAAAUGGAGCUGAACGAGGUCGGCUUCAAGUUCGUUCGGAAAUGCAUCAACGCCGUGGAAACGAAAGGGAUUACCACCGAGGGCAUCUACCGGACUGUUGGCAGCAAUAUUCAGGUGCAGAAGUUGCUGAACGCCUUUUUCGAUCCCAAAUGUCCGGGGGAUGUGGAUCUCCAGAGUGGUGACUGGGACAUCAAGACAAUUACCAGCUCACUGAAGUUUUAUCUCAGGAACCUGUCUGAGCCCGUCAUGACGUACAAGCUCCACAAAGAGUUGGUCCUGGCUGCCAAAUCUGAGAACCUGGAUUACAGGCUGGGAGCCAUUCAUGCACUGGUCUAUAAACUACCUGACAAGAACAGAGAGAUGUUAGAGCUCCUCAUACAGCACCUCGUCAAUAUAUGUGAGCACAGCCGAGAGAACCUGAUGUCCCCCUCCAACAUGGGGGUGAUAUUUGGACCUACUCUGAUGCGGGCUCAGGAGGACACCGUGGCAGCAAUGAUGAACAUCAAGUUCCAAAACAUUGUCGUUGAGAUCCUCAUCGAGCACUUUGGGAAGAUCUACUCUGGCCCCCCAGAAGACACGACAGCCCCCCCAGUGCCUCCUCCCAGAGUCACUGCCCGGCGGCACAAACCCAUCACCAUUUCCAAACGCCCUCUGAGGGAAAGACCUGUCUUCUUUGGUGCUUCUGUGGAAGAAAGUGGAGCAGAGUGGCAGGUCCAGACCCCCAAUGGCUCGGAGGUCCCGCGGCCGCUGCAGCGCAGUCGCCCACCCGCACCCCGUCCUGGGGGGGAUGAUCCGGGGCGUCCCCCGGCCGAGGCCCGGCCCGACCCGCGUCCCGAGGCCGAGGUGGGGAAGCUGGUAGCCAGGCUGCAGGAUGGAGGAGCCAAGCUGGCCGGCAAGGCUGCCAACGGGGUGGUGGGCAGCCCUGCCCUGAGGACCGCCACGCUGCAGGCCAGGAGACCGGCACCCCGGCCGGGGGUCUACGGCAGAGAGGGUGACUGUGAGGGGGUCCCCAAGCCGCGGUCCCAUGGCGAGAAGCCGGUGAUAACGCGUCCCCCCGUCAGACCUCCAGACCCCCCCUGCAGGACUCCUGUCCCCCCAAGGCUGGAGCAGAGGCCAGAUCUGAUAGCAGGGACAGCAGAAGAGAUGCCUUCCUCUGUGGUGGCCUCUAGGACCAAGUUCUUUGAGACUGCUUCCCGAAGAACGAGCAAUUCUUCACCACAAGGCAGGAUCCCAGGUGAUGAGAGCUGAGGCUAAAGACUUUGUAACCACCUCAUCUCAGCUGGACCCAGGAGAUUUUCUGUGCUUGUGAAAUGGAUGUCACAGCUAAGACUUUUCCAGUUCCAGUGCCCCGGGAGAGCAGCUGAAUUAUGGAAUGAUAAUUUCAGAGCAGCUGUCAUGAGUGGCUCGAGAAAUUAGAAGAGUCGGAGGUAACGAUGGAGAGAAGAGCCUCCCCAGAUGUUUGUGCUGAACUGUUUCCAGCCCUCCAGCCACUCCUCUCUGUGCAGGCUGUGCAGGAUGCUUGUGGGUGCCCUGACCGGUGGCUGGGUGAGCUCUGAUGGGCUGUGGAAGGGACAGUGGAGAAUAGGAGUGGCCAUUUACCUGCUCGCUUUUUGGGAAAUGCACCUUGGCAAGGAUGACCUUGGACAGACAUUGGAACACAAGGGACUGACUCUCUGUGCUUGGGUGCAAGGGUAGAGUGACCGGAAUUUGGGUUGGACCCCUUCCAUGAGAAGCUCCUUCCUUUAUGUUACGUUUUCCUCGCUCAGUAAGCUGUAGUGUGUCUGUCAGUGUGCAGGAACCACUUCCAAUGUUACUGGAACCUCUUGUGCUGAGGCAGGACAGGAUCUGGGGGGCCCAUUGUGCUGAGCUUUGUGGGACAUCUCCUCAUCUCCUCUCUGUGGAGCAGCUCUCUGGGCAGCACUGGUUGGGUGGCUGGGAGAAGGAGGUGGCAGGUGCUCCUCUUCCUUCUCUUCUUCCUCCUUCUCCUCAUCUCACUUGAACCUUUCUCCCAUCAGACCUGCUUCCCAUGGGCCCACUAAAAAGUCUUGGUCCGGGGGUUAUUCUGAUGAGCCAGCACAGAGGUGGCAAGGAACUGAAACUCACUGAAUAUGGGUCAGAUCCCACCAUUUUUCCAAGAGGCACCCAGUUUCUUGUUUUCUUCUUACAUUAAUUUCCAUUCCAAGAGGUGUCCAGUAUCUUUUCCUCAGCAGUGACUUUUUAGAUGGUCCCCUGGGGUGUGGAAAGACUUCUGCUUGCCAGGACCACCCUCGUUAACAGCAGAGGCUUGUUUGUGGUCCCAGCUGUCCCCAGCUGCUGUUCCUGAGCUGUAGUGUUUACCUGUAAACAGGCAGUCAGCAGCAUCCCUGCUUCCUCUCACCAGCCCAAAGGCAGCUUCCCUGUUUUGAAUGAUUUUCCUUGGGUGCUGGGAGCAUUCCCAAACCAGCAGCCAAAUGCCCUGUUAGCUGCUGCUGGGUGCUCCAUCCUCUGGCACAGGUUUGCUGGCGGGAUGCUGCUGCCAUCCUUCCCGAGCUGCAUCCCAUGUGUCUGCAUCCCACACCUGGCUGCUCCAGGGCUGAAUGUAAUCCCAGGACACACACGUGUCAUGUCAGUGGUGCUCCUGCUGCUCCCUGCUCCUGCUCCUGCUUCCAACAGUUGCACAGGAAAGUGGCUUUAAAAGCAAACACACAAGGGUGUGAUAUGCACGGCUGGGCAGUGCUGCACACACCCUGUGCACAGCCACAGUCAGCUCUUCUGCUGUACCAGGGUCUAGCAGGGUGAGUCAGCCUGCCCUCUGGGGACUGGUGACUGUGUCACCUCCUUGGGUGGCUGUCCCAGAGGUGUCAGGUGGCUCCUUCCCAAAACGCUGCCCCGGAGCAUCCCACCCCACUGAACCCCCCCGUGCCCAUCCCAUUGGUGCUUCCCCUGGCUGCUGGGCUCUGUGGUAGUGUGGUUUGCAGUCUGAUGUUA